AUGGAGGAUCCCACGACGCAACAGCAGCCCGCGGCGGCAUCGCCAUCCUUGCCAGCGCCGACCACACUUGAACCCGAACCCAUAUCCCGACCGAGCUCGACGUCGACCCAGGCCUCGGCGCCUCAAAACAUGUCGCAUAUGUUGCCCGGUAUCGCAUCCAUUGCCACUACCACCACGAACAACAACAACAAUAACAACAACAAUAACAACAACAACAACAACAACAACAACAACAAUACGCCGGCGACAGUCACAUCACCACAGCCUAGACCUAUGACCAUGGCCGCUCCUCCCAUGAUUCCUCCAGGCACCUCUCCAGCUGCUAGCUCGCAUCCAGGUCCAGGAGGCAACUUGCCCACGUGCCAGAACUGCGCGACCUCGACAACCCCGCUAUGGCGCCGCGACGAGAUGGGCCAGGUCCUCUGCAAUGCCUGUGGUCUCUUCCUCAAGCUGCAUGGCCGUCCACGUCCAAUCUCCCUAAAGACCGAUGUCAUCAAGAGUCGCAACCGCCAACAGCAGCAACAACAGCAACAGCAGCAGAACCUAGCUGCCACCGCCGACAUGAACGGCGGAGUAGGCAUGAUGGAUCCCAACAACCCUGCCGCUGCUGCCCGAAGAGCAUCCCAGAAGUCCAUCAAUGGCCACCCCGUCGACGAUAACUCGCCCGUUUCGCGUACCGGCACCCCCAACGUAUACAAUCCGCACAUUCCCAUUGAUCACAGCCUAGAGUACCAAUUUCAAGCCCAACAGAUUCCCGGAUUCGGCGUCCCGACUGCCUCUCCCGGCCGAGCCCCAUCGCCCAUGAAUGGCGAGCACAUGCCACAAACCCACGAGCAGCUCCUCGCCGCCAAUGCCAGCCUGAAGACCCGAGUCAGCGAGUUGGAGGUCAUCCAAGAGCUCUACCGCGGUCGCCUUCACCAACUCGAAACGGAAGAGAAUAUUCGACAAGCUUCAGAGCCCGGCAAGCUUGAAGCCCAGCUUCGCGCCCAGAUCGAUGCCAUGGGCGAAGCUCACCAGCAGCUGCAGAAGGAACUGGAGGAAAGUCACAGGAGGGAGAAUAUGCUCAAGAGGCGCCUUGAUGAGCUCGAGGUUGAGCUCAAGGACGUCAAGGAUGCUCUCGAAUCUCAGGAUAAUGGACGCCACAAGAAGAUCCGCCUGGACGAAAACGUCAAGACCGAGCCCUAUGCAGAAGUUGUUGAGCCACAGCAGCCGGAACAGCAGCAGCCAGCACCUGCAGAACAGCCAAUUCCUACCCCUAUGGCCAUCGACGAAGCCGCCCCUGCCCCUGCGCCAGCACCCGAGGCAGCACCUGAGCAGGCCCCGGCACCCGCGCCCGAACCCGUCCAAGAACAAGUGGAAGCCCAGGAGUCAGAGCCUGCGCCCGUUAGCGAGCCCACUGAGGCUCCAGCCCCAGCCCCAGCCCCAGAAGCCGAUUCUGUUGUUCCCGAGCCGACCCCCGCCGCGCCGGAGUCUGCUCCCACCGAGGAGCCUGCCGCACCAGAGACUGAGGCCUCUGAGCCUCCCACCACCGCCCCCGCGGAAGAAGCUCCCAAGGCGGAGUCAUAG